AUGGAUGCAACCACCAGAAAUAGGACGCGACAACGACGGAAUAAACAGAAAACCGUCAUCGAUCCCGACUUCGGCCCUGCUUCAUUUCCUCCUCUACCACCAAAAACCGCGUUUUUCACCAAUUCACCCUGGGGAACUCUACUAGGACGGCCAAAAACCAACUUUCUCGAACAUCGAACCCGCAUGUUGAUGCCACAGGAUGAGCAAAUCAGAUACAGAGCGGCUUUCGCGGCGAACCAGGCAGAUCGGAAGGCGUACCGAGAAGCCUUGAAGCUGGAGAGAUAUGAGAAACUCAGGAAGGAGAAUCAGCUUCGUAGAGCGCUAGCGUCAAAGCAAGGAAGGAGGAUCGAAAGUCAUUUCGCUGGAAAAGACAAGGUAUUUGAUAAUACUGUUUCUAUUCUGGCAUCUUCUGUUCUGGCCUUCGCUGCAAAAUUCGAGUUCAAUAAUCCCGACAAUGAUCCAGCCAAGAAGGAUGAUUGCGUUGAUCUAGACGAAAGUACUGAGAAAUUUCUUGCACGGUUUCGACAUGGCGAGACAGAUCUUCAUCUACGAGCGUUGCUCUGGCAGAGGGAACAAGAGGCCAUACUCGCCAAAGAAACACUGGAAUUGAGUCAGGUUGAGGAUCUUUUGAGUACCGAGAGAGAAGAAGUUGCAACAACUUCGAAGGACGAUUACAUGCUGGAAAGGGAAGACCUGGAAAAUCCAUAUAUUCUUACAGAUUCGGAGCACGAUUAUAUAUCAGAAAAGAAGAAACCGGAGAAAUUAUAUAUUACAACGACUUGGGAGCAGGAAGACAUACCGCCAGUGGAGAAAAUAAAGUACCUGUCUGCCACAGAGACUUAUGAGCUGGAUUAUGGAUCGCCAACAGAAAGAGUGCCAUACACUAUACCGAGUCCGACUUGGAGGACGUUUUGCUUUGGUGCCAGCGAGAUCCCGCAGGAUGAGGUCGAUUGCGUAUCAUCAGUUGAUGAGUUGGAACAAAAGGUGGUCGAAGCAAGUAAGCGACUAAUAAACGGCAAAGCAGAAAGAUCCAAGAACAUCAUUCGAUCGCACAACACCAUACCCUACCUCUUACAGGCCCAGCAUCUUCCAACACCACAACACCCCCCAUCAUUCGACAACCAGAUAAGCUCCCCUGCAUCACCACAUCAAUCCAGUAUCCGAGGGUAA